CGGCGAGGGCGGCGGAUGCGCAGACAUUGCCCCGCCGCGGCGCCGCCGGUUGUCCCUGCGCCCCGCGGCGGCGCGCAAGGACGCGCAGUUGCUCGCGUGGCGGGAGGAGCGCGUCCGGGCGGCCAUGGCGGCGGAGGAGGAGCGGCGGUGUGCCUCGGAGCGGGCGGCGGCGGCGGCGGUGGCGGCGGCGGAGCGCCGGAGGAGCGAGCGGGUGGCGCUCGCGGCGGCGGGUGGCGCUCGCGGCGGCGGCGGCGGCGAGGCGGGAGGAGCAGCGGGCCGCGGAGGCGGCGGCGGAGCGGGAGGCGGCGGAGCGGGCGGCGCUCGCGCGGGCAAAGAGCGGAGGCACUUUUCUGCGAGCUGCAAAGAGCGGCGUCGAUCUCGCCGCGCGGAGAGCGCACGACCAUGCCGUCGCCAUGCGCCACCGGCGCAGGCGCGAGGCGGGCGGCGAGCAAGAGGCGGAGAGGCGCGCCCGCUUGCGCGCCCGCUUGGCGAGUCUGGAGGAGGCCUCGAGACCAGACUUGUCGCGCGCGCAGAGGGACGGGGCGCGCGCACGUACGCAGCCGACCGCGGCGGUGCGGGCCCGCCGGCUGCUGUGCGAGCAGGAUAGGGCCGAACCAGCCAGCUCCGGACGGCCGCCGCCGCCGCAGAGCACAGGCCGCAGGGCAACUCCGUCGUGGCGCGCGGGACUGGCAUAGAGACAGACCACGGGUGGUGGCGAGACGGUACACCGGUUACCGCGUGUCGGGGGCUGGGGGGUUGGGGGGUCUCUUCCGGAACCGGGGGCGCAAAAGCGGCAGCAUGAACACCAUGAUGCAUGUCAA